AUGAAGGUCCUCCUGCUCCUUGGAUUGGUGGCCGUGGCCCUGUGUGAAAACACUCGCUUCGAGGGUGAGAAGGUGUUCCGUCUGAAGCCCGUGCUUGACGAGCAUGUGACGCUCAUUAAGGAACUGGCUGAGAGCAUCGAGGUCGACUUCUGGAGGCCCGAGAGCGCUAAGCUGGUGACCAUCGACAUUGAUGUGGACAUCCGCGUGCCUUCCAUCUACCUGGAUAUGGUUUACACCCUCCUGCAGCAGAGUGACAUGGAGAUUGAGGUCCUUAUUGAGGAUCUGCAGUCUGCCGUUGAAGCUGAGGCUGACCUGAAGCCCUCUCCCAGAUCCCACAGCUACACCAAGUACAACAGCUUCGACAAAGUCCAGUCCUGGAUCAACUCCAUCUCCUCCUCCAACUCCGACCUCAUCAGCAAGCAGGUGAUCGGAAACAGCUACGAGGGUCGUCCCAUGACUGUUCUCAAGCUCGGGAAGAAGUCCAGCUCCACCAAGCCCGCUAUCUUCAUGGACUGUGGCAUCCACGCCAGAGAGUGGAUCUCUCCUGCCUUCUGCCAGUGGUUUGUCAAGGAGGCUCUGUCCACCUACGGCAGUGAUUCUCAGAUGACCAGCCUGCUCAACAACAUGGAUGUCUAUGUCCUGCCUGUCUUCAAUGUUGAUGGCUAUGACUACACCCACAAGAGCAACAGGAUGUGGAGGAAAACUCGUUCCAGGAAAUCUGGAUCCAGCUGCAUUGGAGCCGAUCCCAACAGGAACUUCGACGCUGGCUGGUGCUCCAUGGGAGCCUCAAACAACCCCUGCAGCGACACCUUCUGCGGCUACUCCCCUGAGUCCGAGAUCGAGGUCCAGAACGUUGCCAACUUCAUCCGCAGGAACAGGUCCAUCUUCAAGGCCUACCUCACCGUCCACUCCUACUCCCAGCUGCUGCUCUUCCCCUACUCCUACUCCUACCAGCUGGCAGCGGACCACAGCGAGCUGAUGAAGGUUGCUGAGGGAGCCUCUGCUGCCCUGCGCAGUCUGUACGGCACCCGCUACACCAGUGGACCUGGUGCCACCACCAUCUACCCUGCUGCUGGAGGCUCCGACGACUGGGCUUAUGACCUGGGAGUGAAAUAUUCCUACACCUUCGAGUUGCGUGACACUGGUCGUUAUGGCUUCCUGCUGCCCGAGUCUCAGAUCAAGCCCACAUGUGAGGAGACCAUGCUGGCCGUCAAGUACAUCGCCGCCUACGUGCAGAAGAACCUCUAUUAGGGAGCCGAACUGCCAGGACCCCUGCCAACUCAGCUCCUCUGUACCAGCCCCCAGCCCCAUCCAAGCUCUCAGCCAAUCUCCAGCCCGUAUCCAUGGAUACGGCCACCACCCGCCAUGUUUCCUCGCUGUGCUUGACAGAAUGUCAAGAUGAGUGCAAACAAUAAAAUCAAUGAUCCAUCCCCA